AUGACUGAGGCAGACGUGUUGGACGACGAGAGAGUUCAGUAUCACGCCCGCCGGUUUAGAGAAAAGCAGGCUGAGGUUGUUCUGCAGCGCUACGAGACGCAGAGGGGGGAGAUGAGCAAGGCACGGCUUGAGAAGCAUGCUCUUCACGUGGCUUCUUGGCUUUUGACGCUUCCGGCAGAGGAGACGACGAGGGAACACAACGGCCUGUCAGUGGUCGGUGUGUUGUUGCGGUAUCUGGAAUCUUUGGAGAACCAGCCUGAUGGUCAGCCGUUGUGCGAGCGCUUAGUUCGGAUUCUGACGGCCGUGUCUCAGUAUGCUGGACGAUUCUUGGGCGAAGGCCCUGCUGCGGCUGAAGGUUGCUCGCUUGGCAGAGAGCCUCGCACAUCGGACCGUGAGCAACUUGAAGAUAAAGCAGUGCGUUUGAUGCAGAGGGCAAUCCAGACGUGGAAGAACAGUGAGCCCACAAGCCGCGAGACGUAUGUCAAGGAUUUGGAGCUGGAACUGGAGGAAUCGGCCGACCCUGCCACACUGCGGAGGAUUCUGCGCCGUGCUGUCGCUGCCUUGUCGUCACCGCGGUGCCAAGGGCAUGGCAUGCCCCAGUGCAGCCCAUCGCAGAGUGAGCUGCCAGCAUGUCCAGACCUGCAAGUUCGGCUGCGAAAGAUCGUACUGUGUUGCCUGGAUGUCAUGGAUUUGACAGACUCGUUGGUGCAGCCUUCGCUGCAGUGCUUGCAGAUUAAUUUGCAGAAGUUCCAGGAGCUUCUCGAAAGUGCGAGCUCUGUGGCCAGCAAGAAGCAGUGGCUUAGGUUGCAGGCCAAGUGUGUUGGUGGCAACCCUCAAGAAGUUUGUGCAGAGUUACCAGUUGCCAUGAGCAGGAAAGGGCACUCCAACUUGAUGUGUGCUGCCGUGUCCAAAGGAGGCAAGAGCCAGAAACGGCGAAGAUGCGAGCACGGCGAAUUGCGAUAUUGCCGCAUUUGUGCUGGCUGCCCUCAUGGUAAGGUGAAGCAAUUCUGCGAGAAAUGCAAGCCGUGUCCACAUGGUAAGUUAAUCAGAAACUGCGUGGAGUGUCGUGGCUGCCCGCAUGGAAAACUGCGGCAAAACUGCCAUCGGUGCUGUCCAUGUCCGCAUGGCAAGGUGAGGCGAAGCUGUGUGCAUUGCUGUGGCUGUCCGCAUGGCAAAAGGAAGCAUGACUGCCGGAAAUGCAGUUCUUGUCAACACGGCAAGGCGAAGCGAAGUUGCAUCCUGUGCAGCGCUUGCGCGCAUGGGAAGCUCCGAAGAAAAUGCCGUCAGUGUAUUGUUCCACGUUCUGGCCUGCGAGGCCUAGCUGUACAGGCUGGACCUGAGGAUCAAAUUUCGCGUGCGUAG